AUGUUAGCAGCAUCAGAAGCCCUUACGCCAGCCCAGAAGGAGCACUUCCUCCAGCACGGCUGGCUGAAGCUGACCAACUGCUUCACAGCAGAGGCGGCAGCCGAGAAGACCAAGGAUGUCUGGACCCGUCUCGGCAUGUCUGCCGACGACAAGAACACCUGGACCCAGAACAAGAUCCACAUGCCGUCGCACUGGUCCUUCGACAGCGCCGAGUUCGCACCUCGGGCCUGGGCGGCCAUCUGUGAGCUCUGCGGCGGCGAGGAUCGCAUCAACCCGGCCUCGCGGCAGUGGCGGGACAGCUUUAUCGUGAACCUGGGCAUGCCCGAGGCCGCUGGCCGCGUGGUACCGCCGCGGGAGCUGACUGAGUGGCACGUAGACGGAGACUUCUUUGUGCACUACCUCGACAGCCCCGAGCAGGCAUUGCUGGUAAUCCCCCUGUUUACGGACAUUCGACCCGGAGGCGGUGGUACGAUGAUCUGCCCCGACGGGAUACCUAGGGUCGCCAACUACCUGUAUGACCAUCCGGAAGGCGUGUCACCCAUGAUGCGCACGCGUGCAAGUGCGGAUUUCUCGGUUGUAGAUUACAAGAGAAAGGAUGAUAAUCAGUGGUUCAAUGAGCUUGCGAAGAGAAGCAAGACGUUUGUUGAAGUUACAGGGAGCGUCGGUGAUGUGUUUCUGCUACAUCCCCUGAUGCUCCAUAGUGCCACAAAUAACGCACUCAGGGAUGUGAGGAUCAUCACGAACCCACCGGUCAGCCUAAGAGAGCCCCAUUGUUUUGACCGACCCGAUGGAAAUUAUAGCCUGGUAGAGCAGACGACUAUGCAGAGCGUUGGCGGAGAAGACAGGUUCAGGGGCUGGAAGAUCACCCAACCAAGGGAGGCAAUCAGGCCACGGAUGUGGGACGACAAAGAGCGUAUGAAGCUCGAUGAGAUCAAAAGAAUAGAGGAAGCUCGGAAGAUCACUGCUUACUAG